UCUACAUAAAUGUUAAGAUUGCUUGAAAUAGGUCGUCUAUCCUAUGGAAAAUCGACGCAUGCACGCCUUUUGUGCAAAGACUCUUACAAAAAACCACCAGAUAGUCCACAAUCCCAACCGAACGCUACUAAAACAUCGGUGGGUGCAACGCCGUCUAAGGUCGCUUCCGUCAUGAAGACAAUUCAAAUUUAUCGCUGGCAGCCUGGAGAAUCACCACGACUUCAAACAUAUCAGAUAGACCUAAACAAAUGUGGCAUUAUGGUCCUUGAUGCUCUAAUCAAAAUAAAAAAUGAAAUGGAUCAAACACUCACUUUUCGACGGUCUUGCAGAGAAGGAAUUUGCGGUUCAUGUUCCAUGAACAUUGGAGGCAUCAAUACACUAGCUUGCAUAUGCAAAAUUAAUCAAAAUCCUUCCCGAGUUUUGAAAAUUUACCCACUACCUCACAUGUAUGUUGUUCGGGAUCUCGUUCCGGAUUUGGGCCACUUCUAUAAUCAGUACAGCGCAAUAAAGCCAUGGCUACAACGUAAAAAUCCUAAAGAACCAAAAGGAAAGGAACAGUAUCUUCAGCAUGCGGACGAUCGCAAAAAACUGGACGGUUUAUAUGAAUGCAUUCUUUGCGCCUGCUGCACAUCAGCAUGCCCGUCAUAUUGGUGGAACGGUGAUCGAUAUUUGGGACCAGCAGUAUUAAUGCAAGUGUACCGAUGGGUUAUAGAUUCUCGAGAUAAUAUGACCGAGGAACGCUUGAAGCAGAUAUGCGAUCCCUACAGCAUUUAUCGGUGCUACAGCAUAUUAAAUUGUACGAACACGUGUCCAAAAGGACUAAACCCUGGAGAAGCAAUAAUUAAAUUGAAACAAUUGUUAAGUGGUUUGAAAAACAAACCAAAUCCAUUGCUUGCAACGGACAAACUAUUGAAGUAAACAACUUAAAAGCAAUCAUACUUGACCAAGAACUUUAUCAAACGUAACAGUAUUGGACUAUGUUCAUAACACAUAUUCA